AUGUCAACCGUUCUCUCGACAUCAAUAUUUCUGUUUACCGCGUUUAGCGUAACGCUAUUUGUAAUGCCGCAAGAAACGAAUGCGGCUAGAGCGUUCUACGUUUUCGGCGACUCACUCGUGGACAGUGGUAAUAACAAUUACUUAGUCACCACCGCUCGUGCCGAUUCUCCGCCGUACGGUAUCGAUUAUCCUACCGGUCGUCCAACUGGUCGUUUCUCCAACGGCUUGAACCUUCCUGACAUCAUCAGUGAACAUAUUGGAUCAGAGCCUACGUUACCAAUCCUUAGCCCUGAGCUCACCGGAGAGAAGCUACUGAUCGGAGCUAAUUUUGCCUCUGCCGGCAUUGGAAUUCUCAACGACACCGGCAUUCAAUUUUUGAACAUACUAAGGAUCGGUAGGCAAUUCGAGCUGUUCCAAGAGUAUCAAAAGAGAGUGGAUGAGAUCAUGGGUUCAGACAAAACACAACAGCUCGUAAACGGAGCUCUUGUCCUCAUGACUCUCGGCGGCAACGAUUUCGUCAACAACUACUUCUUGCCUUUCUCUUCUAGAGGCCGACAAUCUUCUCUCGGCGAAUUCAGCCAGCUUCUCAUCUCCGAGUACAAGAAGAUCCUCGCGAGGCUGUACGAGUUGGGUGCAAGGAGGGUGAUGGUGACAGGAACAGGACCAUUAGGUUGCGUACCGUCCCAACUGGCCUCAUCGGGGAGCGUGAAUGGAGAAUGUGCACCGGAGGCGCAAAAGGCUGCAGCGAUCUUCAAUCCGCUUUUGAAUGAAAUGCUUCAAGGACUUAACCGUGAGAUUGGUUCUGAUGUUUUCAUUGGGGCUAAUGCCUUUAACAUGAAUGCAGAUUUUAUCAACAAUCCCCAAAGAUUUGGUUUCGUGACAUCAAAGGUAGCGUGUUGCGGACAAGGAGCAUACAAUGGGCAAGGCGUUUGCACACCGUUGUCGAGCCUAUGUCCUGACCGAAACGCCUAUGCUUUUUGGGACCCUUUCCACCCGACCGAGAAAGCCACCCGACUCAUCGUCCAACAGAUCAUGACUGGUUCGGUUGAGUACAUGAACCCCAUGAACCUUAGCACUAUCAUGGCUUUAGACUCUAGAAUAUAA